UGUAUAUAUGGUUGGGAUGAUUGCACGAUUACUAAAAUAUGUGACAGCUGGAAAAUAUUUGGGUGCUUGAGCUAACCAAAUAUUGGCAGUUACAUUGUAAGGCAGCAGUUGCUAAGGCAAAUAAUCGAAGACAUCCUGUGGGAAUGGUUUUGAACAGGAAAUCGUGAGAGAGCAUUGAUAAUCAAAGUACCCCAUUGUAAAAGACCAUAAAGGAAUAAAAAAGGCGCUUGUGAUGAUGAUGGGUUUUAAAUGGAGACUGACUAAGCUAAAUCUGACUUCUUUGGAAGACUGAGGAUAUAUUGGUAUCUAAUUAGUACAAAGUCCAGUAAAGCAUGAGCACAGAUUACUAUUUUGAACUUAGUUAAGUUUGUCUGAUUUGAAACAGAGGUGAUCGUGUAGCCUGAGCACGGACCAAUGCAACAGUUUGUGGACUGGUCGCACCUGAGACCUCUAACAUGCUGAUGGAUCAUUGAAUGCUGCAAGGUGACUGACUGAGAUAACAACUACUCUCCACGUGACUACGCAGUACUCCUGAAUUUACUUUAAGAAUUUAACAUCGAGUUGAAGAGUGUUUUCAUUCCACAGAAGACUUGGGUUUAGAAUUAAAUGGCUGAUAAACAAAUCAGUUUGCACACCAAGCUGAUUAAUGGAGGCAUCGCAGGAUUAAUCGGCGUCACCUGUGUGUUCCCCAUAGACUUGGCAAAAACACGGCUUCAAAACCAGCAGAAUGGCCAGCGGAUCUACAGCAGCAUGUCCGACUGCCUUAUGAAGACAAUCCGAUCAGAUGGCUAUUUUGGAAUGUAUCGAGGAGCUGCUGUCAACCUUACCCUAGUUACACCAGAAAAGGCCAUCAAACUCGCUGCAAAUGAUUUCUUCCGUCAUAUCCUGUCCAAAGAUGGGAAGAAGCUGACUUUGCUGAAGGAGAUGCUGGCAGGCUGCGGUGCUGGGACCUGUCAGGUCAUUGUGACCACCCCCAUGGAAAUGCUGAAGAUCCAGUUGCAGGAUGCAGGUCGUCUUGCCGCCCAACAGAAGUUGAUGGCUGCCCAAGCAGUUUCGAGUUCCCCCUCAGGGAGCCCUAUUUCCACCACAAGCCAAGCUACCUCCGCUCUCAAGUCCCAGCAGACCGCCACACAGAUCACCAAAGAGCUGCUGAGAAGCAAAGGAAUUACUGGCCUCUACAAAGGCUUAGGGGCAACUUUGCUAAGGGAUGUUCCUUUCUCCAUCAUCUACUUCCCAAUGUUUGCUAACCUAAACAAGAUGGGGCCGAGGAGUGCAGAAGGGAAAGCUCCAAUUUAUGUCUCCUUCAUCAGUGGCUGUAUAGCAGGCAGCGCGGCAGCUGUGGCAGUGAAUCCCUGUGAUGUAAUAAAGACAAGACUCCAGUCUCUUCAAAGGGGCUUGAAUGAGGACACAUACUCAGGAGUAAUGGACUGCAUCAGGAAAAUCUGGAGAAAUGAAGGACCAGGAGCGUUCCUAAAGGGUGCAUACUGCAGAGCACUGGUUAUUGCCCCCCUAUUUGGCAUUGCACAAGUUGUUUACUUCCUGGGAAUAGCAGAGACCAUAAUAGAGAUGCUUCCGAACAGACGGCAUUAAUGAAGGUGGAGCACCUCAACAGGACAUCCAACCUAGUUCCACAGGGUUACGUAUGUCACAUGAACAGCACAGUUUUUGGAGACUAAAGCCCGGAUCACCGUCCUCUUCCCCAUUCCUACCCAGCCCAACCUCCCCCCACCCCCACCAUCAUCCCCAAAACAGAUUCCGCUUUUCCCAAUCAUUCCUAAAGACUGUCAGUAUUUUUUGUUUAUUUUUUUAAGAAAUGGUUAACACUUGUGUCUGGGGUGUGAGAGCGCCAGAUAUCAUCAUCAUUAUUGUAGUUGUGUUCUCUUGAGUUGGUCAGUACUGACACAAUAGAUAUCGUUUCAAAGGGAUCAUCCUCAGAGGAAGCAAAAGGCCCUGUUUCCAAUUGUUCCCAUGUGGAAAACAAUAAUGCAACAGCUGAUUGAAUUGCCAGUAGCAAAACACUAACAGGGUCAUUGAUACUUGUUUUCAGUUUGGGCUUUUGUACCUAGGUGCUGAGUGACAUUUUUUUUAACAAUGAAAUCUAGCUAGUCCAUCUUGAGUCUCUUGAACAUGGUGUUGUUGGGUUUUCGAAUGACAGGUAACUUAGUCUUCUAACAUCUAGAUAAUUAUUUUUUAUUGCACAAAAUGGACAGUAUGCCACCAACUGCCCAUUAGAUAUCGUGUCUGGUUGGGGUUACAAUUGGCUUAUUGAAAUUCAAUGUAGGCUGGACAUUUUAUGAUUAGCUAACGCAAUAUCAUUUGUUUCAUUCCCUACUCUCAUAUAUUUCAACACAUCAUCCCUUACCAAAUAUCUGGGUAUCUUAUGUGUAAGAUGUAACUUGAGAUGAAGCAGAUAAAGAAGUAAAAUGUGAAGAGAUCAGGACCAAGCAGCUGCUGAUGGCUGUGGCUGGCAUUAGUUUGUAUGAACAUGUUGGACACCAAAGCUGAGACGAGACAUAGAGUUAUACAGCAAGGAAACAGGCCCAUCGGCCCAACUUACUUCAGCCGACCAAGAUGCCCAUCUACACUAGUUCUUUCUACCUGCUCACGUUUGGCCCAUAUCCCUCUAAACAUCUCCUAUCCAUUUACAUAUACAUGUGAACCAGUGGACAUGGGGCAUGUUGGACAAGGCUGCUGAUACCUUAGUUGAGGCAGGAUGGGAGAAGUGAUUCAUUUGGCAUGAAUCUUCUAAACUAAACUAAGCUAAGCACAACAUCUUAAAUCCAAAUGAUUCCUGAACUACGCAGGUUAAUGGGUUUGGCAUUUUGUGGCAACAUUCCUCCCUUAACACCAGCUCCCAGGUGCCAGCUUUGGAAGGCUGGUUACUUCUCUUGUGUUUAGCAUCCAAACUAUUGGCAGUGUGACACUCUCUGCUGCAUUUGUGACUAAAGAGGACCAGUUUCAUCAGGUCCCAUUUUAACUUGCUUACAUUAUUAGAACAAACUAGUGUCAUCCUUUGAAAUUCAAUAGGUUCCAUAGAGGAAACCUGGGAUAUCUGUCUGUAUUGAUGUGUUUUAAAGCUAAUAGAAUAAUUAUCUUGGUUUGUGAACCUAUGUUGCUCUCACAACCUCCAAUUAGCAGCUAACAGUAGAUACCCUUGACUGACAUAAUUCAAAUUAUUUUGUCAAAUGCUAGACUAAUUUAGAAAGGUAAAAUGUUAUUUCCACAGUAUAAAUGAACGUUCCCAAAGGCCAACCUUUUGCAAUGCAUUUGGUGAAUUGUAAUUCAACAUGUACCAAAUCGGCAAAGCUUUGUUCUGAAGGUAUAUGGCUUCAUCUUAACUCUGUGACUGGAUUAUUGAUUGGCAACCCACUGCACAGAUAUCUGGUAUCUUCUCAGCACAAAAUUCUGUAGCUGUAGGUAAUUUAUUAGAGCUGAUAUGUUUAAUAUGCUGCCGUAGAAUGGAAUGAAAGAGCAAAAAAAAAGUGCUUCUCGAAUGCAGUUGAAAGGUAAAACACGGGUACAACACACAAACAGGUUUAAUGUAGGAAUUUUUUUUUCAGAGCAUUAUAAUAUUUUUGUAAAGGAAACAAUUUCUUCAUGCCCCCACACACCAGUUAUUCACAACUACGUUUUUAUAAUCCCUGAUGUGAUCCCUUGGAAAUACUGGUUUGUCAACAUUUUUAUUUUUACAGUCCAGUACUUCUUGUAUCUAAUGUUGUCAGUACUGAUACUAAAGUGUUACUUGAAAUCUGCUUCACACGAUUGAAAAGGGUUAUUGUCCUAUUGGAGGUGCUGAAUAUUUGUUUGUGUUUUAAUUACCAAUAUAAUAGUAUGCUUAUAGGCUAUGUAGGGAAGUGCGCUAGAUUUGGUUGUCAGGAAGUAUUGAGAUAACAAGGGAAAGAGCAUUCAUGGAAUGAUUUAUCUCCAGUGAAAUUGCAUUUGGAAUUUCAGAUCUUAAAUAAUUCUCAUUAUUGUGCAAUAUAGAUAAAAAGUAAAUGUGCAGGAGACUAGGUGAUGUAGCCUUAGAUUGAUGCCCUAUACCUCGGGGAUGGAUGUUCAAAUCCAGUCUACAACAAUGGGUUAAAACCGCUGCUUUUUUAAUUUUCUUGGUCCUAAAUGAAAUGAGUUUGCCGUCUAACCAAAUUGCUGCUAAUCAGCACAAAAUUGCCAAUCUUACAAGAUACACUAUAGGAUGGCUGGUGUUUGGAUGUGAGGCAGCCAUACUGGUGCAAUAGACAGUCAUCAGGCUUUGUGGUGAAGCAGAGCAGAGUACUGAGUGCGUUUAAUUCUGACACUUCAUGUGUAGCCCAAUGAACACAAAAACACUGAAUGUUCGACAUUUGAAUUUUUUAAAAUCGCAGUCAAAUCCAUCGGAUUCUGAUUGACCUCCACACUUUUCCAGCAUUUACUGUCUUUUGUACACUACAAUGAAACUCCUUUAUGGUUCAAUGCCCUUAAAGGUGACUAGGCACCAUGUUGGGAGUGUGUAAGUCAUUGUUUGAUACAUUUUGCUGGAGGGCAGUAUUCUAGCAUGCAUAUCCUCAUAGUUGCUCUUAAGGAAAUCAUGCAGUUAUAAUUGUGAAUUACUUCUUGCCUUAAGUUUUGGAGCAUUGAGAUAUCGUGGGCCCUCGGAGUGCUGUGAAAACCUACUGAACAGCUUGUCAUUGUAGAUUGCUACCAAAUAACUAAUGGAGUUGAAUGGAUAGUUAGUGGUACAGUGGAACUAUGCACGUUGAAUUAAAACUAAAUAUAAAUAUUUGAACACUGAAUUGCAGAUAAAACCUAUUCUUAUUCUUAAGAUAAUUCUUAUUACCUAGUCUCAUCAACUUCUUUCCUCAUUCUCAUCAGCUCAUUUGGAACUAUGACACCUGCCCCUCACUCCUCAAGUCCACUUGCAAUUCAGCACUAAAUAGAGCAGAGUAGUCAUUCUCUUUGUUCUUGUGAUUUGGUCAUUUGAACUGGCUUACUCAUAGAAGAGUGAGAGAGUCUAGGACCACAGGGCGUAGCCUCAGAAUUAAAAGACGUUCAUUUAGAAAAGAGAUGAAGAGGAAUUUAUUUAGUCAGAGGGUGGUGAAUCUGUGGAAUUUAUUGCCAAAGUAGGCUGUGGAGGCCAAGUCAAUUAAUAAUUUUAAGGCAGAGAAAGAUAGAUUUUUGAUUAGUAUGGAUGUCAGAGGUUAUGGGGGGAAGGCAGGGGAAUGGGGUUAAGAGAGAAAGAUAGAACAGCCAUAAUUGAAUGGCAGAGUAGACUUGUUGGGCCGAAUGGCUUAAUUCUUCUAUCACUUAUAAACUUAUGAAGAAAGAGGUUUCAGGUAGACGGGUGUUAUUCUGGUUUAUGAUCAGUGGAGUUCUGCAGGGAUUUGUGCUGGGACCUCUGUUUGUGAUACAUAUAAAUAAACGACUUGCACAUAAAUGUAAGGUAGGCAAAAAUGCUGGAGAAACUCAGCGGGUGAGGCAGCAUCUAUGGAGCGAAGGAAAUAGGCAACGCUUCGGGUCGAGACCAAUCUUCAGACUGAUGUGAGGGUGGGGUGGGGGGGGUGGCGGGAAGAAGAAAGGAAGAUACACAUAAAUGUAGAUGGGUUGGUAGUAAAUUUGCAGAUUACACCAAAAUGAGGGAAUUGCAGACAGUGAGAAAGGGGGUCAAAAUAUGCAAUGGGAUGUUGAUCAGCUACAGAAGUGGGCAAAAAAAUAGCAGAUAAUGUUUUCGUGCAAGCAAUUGUGAGGUGUUGCACGUUGGGAUAUCUAAUGUAAGGAGGGACAAAGUUUUAAAGGAGAUGUGCGGGGAAAGGUUUUUAUACAGAGAGUGCUGGAUGUCUAGAAUGCCCUAUCAAGGUGUUGGAGGCAGAUACAAUAGUGGUAUUUAAGAGGCUUUUGGAAAGGCACAUCGAUAUGCAUGAAAUGGAGGAAUAUGGGUCAUGUGUGGGCAGAGGAGGUUAAUUUAACUUGGCAUCAUGUUCGAAACGGACAUUGAUGUAUGUCUGUUCCAACUCCUGUGCUACUGAGACUAACUUAUUUCCUCUCUUAGUCCUGAUGAACUGAGAACAUUAACUGAUUCUCUUCUCACAGAUGCUGCCUGACCUACAGAGUGUUUCCACCAUUUUCUGCUUUCAUUCCCAGUGGAACAGUACCUUCAGGGCUCUUUAGAACACUUUUACACAGCCAAUCAUUUCACCCUUUCCUUAAAAACCCUUGUCUGAAGUGUUCCAUCAUUUCUGGUAAUGCCUGGUCACCAAAUUCACCGUGCCAUCCUUCUUUAGAUUCUAAACAUCAUUGCUGCCAUCUUUACAUGCCCCGCUCCUAUAUAUUUUUUUUUUGAAUUCUCUUCCAUCUGGUUUCUCUCCCACUUCUAUCAUCAAGGUGGUCCAAUAAAUUCUUUAUGGACCAGCCUGUGAUUUGACCCAGAGAUUCAGACUGGGAAUGCUUUGCCUUCACCCUUGAAUGGUUGCCUUUACUUCAUUGGAGAUGCUGAAUUCUUCAGACCACCCAUGCAAAUACCUCCUCACCUUCCACAAUGUGCUUUCUUCUACUCGUCCCUUCAAACUUCUGAACUUCUCAUGCUCACUCGACUGAUUUCAGUACUUGAAACACGGGGGAGUUGUCUUAUCUCCCGUCCCCUUGCCCAUGUUCAGGAGUGAAGGUGGGCCGGUGUGGUACGCCAGUGGAGAUUGUCUGAUGCAGUCAGCACAAAUGGGUGGAAUUGACUUGGGUUCUUCAAAAUAGAACAGUUAGGUGGUGCAGUUACAGUACAGUUACUCUCAUCUUGCCUCAUUGUUAUUGAUCUGGUCCCAGCAAAGAGCCAUCUAAAAUUGUUUCUCAUCUUAUGCCUGCGUUAGUGAACUCCACAGAUCUGUCAUAACAUUUCUCAUCUACGUGCUGCCCACCUGGAAAUACUGAAAACAUAAUCUCAAUUUCCAUGUGUGUGUGACAACAUCUGAAUCUAUGUAGCUCUGGGGACCUCUCACCUUUGCGAGGUGUUCGUUCAGCAUGUAGCCCUGGAUGUACUGAUAUUCAAGGAUGGUGAGUGUGUGCAAUUCAUUGCCACAGAAGGUGGUGGAGGAGCCAAGUCAAAGGACAUAUUUAAGGCGGAGAUUGGCAGAUUCUUGAUUAGUACGGGUGUCAGGGGUUAUGUAGAGAAGGCAGGAGAAUGCGGUUGAGAGGGAUAGAUCAGUCGUGAUUUAUUUAUGACCAUCAGCUAUGAGUUGGAUAUAGCUCUUAGGGCUAACAGAAUCAAGGGAUUUGGGGAGAAAGUAGGAACGGGUUACUGAUUUUGGAUGAUCAGCUAUGAUCAUAUUGAAUAGUUGUGCUGGCUUGAAGGGCCGAAUGGCCUACGCCUGCACCUGUUUUCUAUGUUUCUAUGAUUGAAUGGCAGGAGUGACUAGAUGGGCUGAAUAGCCUAAUUCUGCUCCUCUAAUUUAUGAAGUUAAACCUACAUCACUGUUUAUUCUAGAAUGUUGAGAAGACUGAGCAAUUGUCUUUGUUUGCCAACUCGAGCAUAUUCCAUGGCCACCAAUUCCAUUCCUGAACCAGACUCUGUAAUCCUCACCCAGAACUGAGCUACACCAUCCGCAAACUGUAACCUAAUUGACGCUGUGGAAACCUUCUGGGGUCUGCAUUGUCGAUACAAUCUUGUAUUACCAGCUCAGAAGCUUCACUUGAUCACACUCAUUUGUUGCUGAUAUCUUUAUGCUAGACCACUAACCUGGCAUGCAUCUGGUCAACCUCUCAUGUUCUGGCCUCCAUCAUCCUGAUCCACAUCCGAACCAGAGCUAGUGCUCACGAACCAGUGUCGGCUCCAUGUUAAGCAUCACUUUGAUUUUAAAAUUCUCAACUUGUUAUCAAUCGCCUCUCCCCACCUUUUUGACGACUUAAGGCAUGCAAGGGAACUGCUCAAUUCUGGCUUCUUGACCAGAGGUGAAUUUAAUUACUUUCCUCUAUGUCCAAUUGACAAUCCUCUUAAGGUCUGCUGAAACCUUUCUGAUGCCUACCCGUUUCUUCAAAAUGUUUCUCAAAACCUUACUUUAAAAUAUAACCUAAACCUAAAAACCCCAAGCUAAUGUCUAGCUUGGUGCAAAAUACCUUGAAACAUUUUGCUACAUUAGGCAUCAUGCAAAUAAAGUUGUUGUGUUUUUCCCCCUCAGUGGCAUGUUGUAACGCAGUCUCUCUGGAUUCUUGUGUGCUUUGGCCCCACCUCAUCCAUGCUAUCCAAGAUAGACCCAUCUACCCGCAUUUAGCCUACAUCUCUCUAAUCAUGGCGUUUCGAAUGGGGACCCUGCGUUAGAUUUUGAACAUUAAGUCUGAAGAAGGAUCCCAACCAGAAAUGUCACCUGUCCAUGUUCUCCAGAGAUGCUGCCUGGCCCACUGAGUUACUCCAGCACUUAUACUUUAUUUUGUAAAGCAGCAUUUGCAGUUCUUCGUGUCUACAUUGCCUGUCAGGGUGUCUGCCAUUGUUGUUUUGUGUUUCAUGAGUCAACCUGCGUGGAAAAGGGGGGAAGCAGGAGUAAGGCUGACAGGAGUCAGUACCACAGAUCAGGGAGAAGACAUUUGUUGGCAAAUUAAGCAAUGGUGUCAGUCGUUGAGAGGGGAGGGUCGUGCAUUUCCAAUGGAAUGGCGUAGCACUUGAUAUUCAGUCAUGUCCCACGCUACAUUGUCUAGACUACGAGGGAUGACAUUUGAAUAAUGUGUCAUUCUGCCAAACACAUCUACAAGCUCCCACUGUACUUGAAUAUUUUUUAGUCAGUUUUAAUGUUUGUACGUCCUGUACGCCUGCUAAUAUUAAUCGCUGACCCUCCCCUGACAGAUCUCCUGCACUCAAUUCAGUGGGGGAAAAAAGUAUAUUAUCUACGUGUUUUCUUGAGUAACUUUAAGGAAACUUAUGCAAUAAUGCUCUCUCCCUGGCGAUGUUAAAUAUGCAGUGUGGGCUUGCAGUUUGAUGCUUGCCUCAGUUUUUCGAUUGCCAGCUCAUCUUGCAGUCCAGCCAACACAUUGACCUCAGCCCGCUGUUAAGGCAAAAAAAAAAACUUCUGCAGCACUUGAUUCAGAGUAAACCUUUAAAUUGCAGCAGUGUUGAAACUUUAAAAACAAAUCACUGCAUUUGACAGCUCCUGAGCUUCGUGCUUAAUUGAAGAAGUCUCCCCGGAGAUUUUAUUUAACUAUGCGUGGCAAUUUGCUGCUGCAAUGGACAUUGCAGCAAUGACCAUGGAUAGGUGUAGGUUCAGUAACUCCUUGCUCCUGCAACCGAGAAGUGAACUUGCCAGACAAUGUUCUUGUCUAUGUUUGUCCCUUAAAUGCUGGCAUUGGCAAGUUGCUGAGCUGUUGGGAUAGGUACAAAUCUGUAAAGAUAGGUACAAAUCUAUGGAAAUCUAAGACUGCUAAAGACUACAGACAGAUUGCAGGUAACCUCUGUACCAUGUUAUAACUCCAAUGUAUUACACUCUAUUUGGUUGAUUUAUCAUUCUCAUUCUGUACUAAAAGUCAAUAGGAAUAUAUUUGUGUUUUAAAACUGUGUUCUUUUGAUAGAUCAGUCACCUUUCACACUGUUAUCUCUAGAGUGCCCGGGCAAACUGAACACUGGAGAGACACCAAGUGCUGGAGUAACUCAGCGGGUCAGGCCGGAUCUUUGGAGAAAAAGGAUGGGUGACAUAUCGGGUCGUAACCCUUCUUCAGACUGCCUGUUGAGGAGUCCAGACCCUUGACAUCACCCUUCCUUUUUCUCCAGAGAUGCUGCCUGACCCGCUGAGGUACUCCAGCAUUUUGUGUCUAUCUUUGGUAUAAAACUAAAUUCCUUGUUUUUUUACAACCUGAACUCUGGGUCUGGAUUCAAAAUUAAAGUUUUCAAUACUAAUCCUGAUUGCAUUCUAUUGUGCUGCACUGCAGGGUACUGAUAUGCAGGAGAGGCAGAGGGUAUGUCCUAAACUUGGCCAAUUCUGUUUCUUGAAUGUCACUGAAUUGGAAGUGGGAAAUAUUGCUCCAUGGAUUUCUAUUGAGCAAAAGCAGAAGACUACGUUUUCUGGACAUUUAUGCAGUAUCUAGAAAGAGCAGAUUUCACGAUGGGUAGAAUAAGCACAUAGAAAUAAUAAUGACCACAUUUUAGUACAGUAUUUUAACAAUCAUGAGACACGGUGUCUGUGUUGUCUGUGGAAUGAAUGGAAAAACUGGGAAUCAUGAAAGUAUUGGCGCUACUUUCCAGACUAGUGCUGUAAAGCUGGUCAGUAAUGCGAGAGACCCUGGAGAGAAAUGUUAGCUGUAGUGUUGUCUGAGAAUUGAAUGUACUCUAAUGUGAAGCUGUUGGUCGCUGACGCUCGUGAUGUUGGUUAGAUUUUGGGUUUUUUUCCCUUUGCAACUGUUGGGAAAAUAAACUUUAUUGGCCUGUCAAUGAUUCUGUCAAUACGUAUGCAAAAUAUUCUGUGCAGUUUACACUGGCGUUUCUCAGUGUCAAGGCUAAUCAGUGUCGUAAACUCCCAGUUCCGCAAUCCUGCCAGGUUUUUGUUUGCUUCUAACUGGAUUCCAUGCGCAGCAACUGUGUGGACAACUCCAGAAUUGAAUGAGCAGCAGCUUGAAGAGUGAGUGUAUAUAGCAUUAAUGUUGCUUCUCUGGACAGCCAAUUUGUUGGGGGGAAACGUCUUGCAUUGAUUGUGAUCUCCCUCACGUUCACACUUCUCUCCUCCAGUUCCACGUGUGCUGGCCUUUCACAGCGAGUCUGUUAAUGCCCCCUUGGGUUGUUUACAUUUGUUUUCUACACGUGAUCUUUGUCAGCAGGGAUACAGCUGCUCGCCUCCAGGGCGAGAAGGCUUUAGGGUUUAUAUGCGCUUAAUCUGGCAUCAUACUCUUUAGUUCUGAGAAAUUCUUCACUGUCAGAGGUGCUACAUUAAACUGAGUGCCACCCUCCCAUCUUUCACUUGCCCCAGUUAAUGUUUUAAGUCGGCUGCAUAUCGACCAGCAUAACAUUCUGCUGGUGUUCUGAUCAAUGUUCCUCCCAAAACUACAAUCACCAAUAAGAAGCAAAUCAAAGGGUAGCUUAUGUGGGAGCCUGCAGGUCGAAAUGGUAACAAUACCCAUUUCUCUGCAGAAAUUACAUAAGAUGUUUUGUAGGUAUCUAAGGUACUAUAUAAAUCCCUUUGCUGGGUAAUUUCUCUGUUUAAAUUAUUGUAAGCAAAUACAAAGGAAGGAAAAGAGUGAUGAGUCAUUUGUUCUCUGUCUUACUGUUGUCAAUGGACAGAAUUGGGAUUGUGUUCAUGAGGAAUAGAACACAAUCAGUCUGAAUUUUGAGUGUCGAAAGGGGCCUGAUCAAGGAGGGACUCGACUGAUUCGUGCUGUCACAUUAUUCUGUCAGCAGAUGCACUUUCAAAAAUGUCGCAAAGGGUUUGUAAAGGUUGGGUUGGCGCCUGGCUUGUUCCCUUCAUUCCAGCCUUCUGCACCGUGUGAUGUGGGAGCGAGGAGGUCUGGGAUAAUGACAGCAGCCGCACCUCAGGCUCAGUCAGCUGAUGUGAAAUGUACCACAAAGCUAGAGAUAAUUAAUCUGUUGUCGUUAAUCUUUACACAAGAACCCUUUUCAUGUAUUUAUUGCUGAUUGGAAAAUUAAGCAUGAAACUAGAGUCUAACGACUGAUUGACAACAAAUGUCAUUGAGUUUGUGUGAGGGACACGAGAUCCCUAAACUGAAGCAUCAGAAAUUUGCAGUCGGCAGAGUCAGACGUUGUCACAGACUAGAAAGUGUAAAAUGAGUUGGAGGGGAGGAGAUGAUCAGAGUAGUUUGGAUAUGUGGGCAUGGAUUGCAGGUGACAAUCUAGGAUCCACAUCCUUUGACCAUUGUAACUUGAAAGCAUUCCUAAUAUGUGUGGCUGUUUAGAUUGAAGAUUUACUCCAGAGUUGCAUAAGUGAUAACAUUUCAGCAAAAGCUAAUUGGAAAUAUUUAAACUACUCUGAAUUACUAAACACUAAUUCCUUAAUGGUGUACAAUAUAGUGCAAUUUAUGAAUGUUUGUUUAUUUAAGUAAAUGGAAAUAUAUGAUAGACAAUUUGUGCAAAAUACAGUUCAAAAUAUAUUUUUCGAGUAUUUCUUUUCCAUUAUUGCAGAAUAACACAAACGAUCUGCAAACCAUGAAACCUGCCGUCUUUUAAUUUCACUGCAGUAGGAACGGCUCCCCUUCUGCAUUAACUACAGUUUCAAAAGACAUUGAAACUGACUUAUUUUUGCACAUUGACCCGUAAAAACAUACUUCCUUGCCCUCAUUUUAUUAAAAAAAACUUUUUUUUUUAAAUUGUGGACUUUUUAAAGAAAUAGUAUUUUCCAAACUCUGAAAAUGUGAAAUGUUUUCCUCAACAGUGGGUUGUUUAAAUGCAGUUGUAAUUAAGAUUCAAAGUUAACCUGCUGUGAUGAGUGUAAUUUUGUGAAUGAAUGUAAUUUGACGUGAAGCCUGUACACUGCGUUUAGUAGCUGCUGCAAUAUGGCACUAUUAAUAUCUGUAAAUGGAUCUGUAUUAAAAUAAUAAUAUGAAUUCUGUGUAAUUGAUGUCAUGUGGCAAAAUAAUAAAGGUUAUUGAGACCA